UGCUGUGAGAUAGCAUUGAUAACGCGUGUAGGAUUUAAACGUAGGUUUUAAACGACCGACGUGUUGAUUUCUGCCGAGCCUCUGCUGACACGAUUGCGGCCAGCCUUUUUUCAAUAGACCGGUUAUCGUUGCUUUUACUAAUCUGUAAAAUCUGGAGGGUGCUUAAUCAAAGGAUGCCUAAUGUAUUAACAAUAAUGUUGAACUAAACUCUGGACAAUGAUGUAUUAAACGUUAUUGAAGAUAUUUCUUUACUAUUAUUACCCAGGUGCCAGGUGCCUAGAACGCAGCUGGCAAAAUGGGCAAGCUGUUGUCAAAGAUUUUUGGCAACAAGGAGAUGCGUAUUCUCAUGUUAGGACUGGACGCUGCAGGAAAAACUACAAUAUUGUAUAAACUUAAACUAGGACAGUCUGUGACAACUAUACCAACUGUAGGAUUCAAUGUAGAAACAGUUACCUAUAAAAAUGUUAAAUUUAAUGUAUGGGAUGUAGGUGGUCAAGAUAAAAUACGUCCAUUGUGGCGUCAUUACUACACGGGGACGCAAGGACUUAUUUUUGUAGUAGAUUGUGCGGAUCGGGAUAGAAUCGACGAAGCUCGCCAAGAACUCCAUCGAAUUAUAAAUGAUAGAGAAAUGCGUGAUGCGAUAAUUUUAAUUUUCGCUAAUAAACAAGAUCUUCCUGAUGCAAUGAAACCGCACGAAAUACAAGAGAAACUGGGGUUAACUAGGAUACGAGAUAGAAAUUGGUACGUUCAGCCAUCUUGUGCCACAACGGGAGACGGGCUUUAUGAAGGCCUUACGUGGUUAACCAGUAAUCAUAAAUUAUGAGCAAAUAUUUAUUUUUCACAAAUUAGCUAUAUAUAUAUAUAUACGGAGAAUACACGUUUGCUUUGUAUUUUUAUUUUAAUUUAUCAUGUGGAGGCUCUGUCAAGACAAACAACUGACAAUGAUAGAUAUGACGAGGUCUUUUUUCACAAGCAUAGUUAUAUUGCAGGUGCAAAAAGGGGAAAAGAAACAAUAUAAAGACAACUAUUAAUGGUGUGUUCCAAUAAUAUCUAUACUAGGUGAAUAGUAAUUUAUUGUAAAACGAAGUACCAAGGGAUGUGACCUUUGUUAUUAGCUAUUUAUCCCAGUCUAUGGAAAUAAUUACUUGAAUAAGGUUACACGACAAGUUUAAUAUCGCUCUGUACAUGUAACAUAUUCACACAAGUGUACUAUUUCAUGAGACACAUAAGCUGUACAAGUUAAAAAAAAAAGAACAAAGAAUUACGAGAAUCUAGUUACGAUAUUUAAGGGGUUCACAAAUAUUCACAAGGAUUAGUAUACUGUAUAACUUAUCUUUGCAGGACCUUAUCCAAUAUCUAUGUAAUUGUUAUUCGAGGGGAGUUGCGUUUUUCGAGCGGAAAGUACCUCAAGUUUUUAACAAAUCACAGAUUUGCUAGAUUUUUAACUCCGCAAUAUCUUGUUGUCAAAAAAAAAAUGCUAUCUAAUAUGUAUUGUAUAUUCAUACAUAUAUAGUCAAUGAAUAUCAUACGCGAGUAAAUUCACAGCACCUACAUUGAGGCUUUAUAUAGUGCAGCGAGAUUAUUCCGUUAAUAAACAUUCUUGCUAUUUAUACUUCUGUGCCGAGAAAUUGCUCAUAAUUCAUUGGUUUUUGGUAUCAUCGUCUUCCAGCUCGAUAAACCAUGUAUACAUUUUAAUUGAUUCCCAUCUUUUUUGUUUGUCUCGAUUAUGCUGGGUGCACGCAUGCAUUUUUUUUUUUUUUGACGACGUUUUAAUCGAGAUGCAAUGGUGUCUAACGUAUCAUCGGAUUUCUCUUUAUUACGCACAAGUCGCAGAAUAUAGCAAGCAAUGCAACACGGAGUUAUCGGUUUACUGAUAUUGUGAGCUCAAAAACCAAAAAAAAAGACGAAGAAAAAAAACUAAUGUUACAAAGAGCGUAACAGCAUUGAAUCUGCCAAUAUUUUUUACCAUUUAAGUGAGUAUCGGAUAAUAAAGCGUAUUAGUAUUAGGUCGCAACGAUCAGACCAUUAAUCUAACGGCAUUUUACGGAUGAGAUAAGUGUUUCCGUGACUGUUUCCGUUUCUCAUAGCAUAAUCCAUAGCGUAAGAUUAGUAAGAACCUACUUCGAGAUUCAUAACUGAUUCAUAUAGAAGAAGUUUACAAGUGUUCAAAGUGUUUGUAUGAUUAUCGAAUUAAAUUGAGUUAUACGAGUAAAUAAUAGUGAUGAUACACUAUAAUUCGUGAAUACAUUGACAUCUUAUUUACAUUCCACGGUAAAUUAGCGAAUUGUUAGAGAGGAAAAUGUUUUUAGUUAUAUAUUGAUAAUCCACGUGGAUUAUAAAACCAGAGAUUUUUUCAGACGUAAGUUCGUAUAAACUCCCUCAGCAUCCGUACCAUUAAUAUUAAGCAUUUCACUUAAGAAAUUGCGUCAAGUUAAGCACAUCAUCGUCUGUGUAAAAAAAGAAAAGCAUAAUCAGGCUUUGGAAAUACUGAGCAGUUUUCCAAAACACAUUAGCUAUAUUAAUUAGUACUCUAUGGCUACGUAUUUGUACAACUUCAUCAUCGUAAUCUGCAUUUUUAACAAUGUUUCGAUAUAGCGGUAUCAUUACAUGUUGUGUACUAAUUAUAUAAAAAAUAUAGAUAUAUAUUCUUUUAAAUGCAAGUAUGAUAAAUUGUUAUGUUUUAUCAUCGGCUACAGCAGGAGCCAUUCUCAUUACAUGUAAUGUUAUGAUGUUAAUUGACAAAAUUUUAUGUAUAUAAAUAUGUUUGAUAAUCUAA